CAAAGACAUUCCUGUCUUGUGAAGCAAGUCUGUUUGUAUUUUAGGUUUGCCAGGACUAAUGAAUUAAAAGGUUUGGACUCUCCACAACUUGCUGUUUAUCAAUGCCUCUGACAGGAGGAGGGUUUUCUUUUGCUCUUGCUUUUUCUAGAAACAUGACAACAUCCUGGCUGCUGGAGAGGCAACGACUGGCCAAGGCAGCGGCUGGCCCUGGAUUACACAAGAGCAGACACUCAACUAAGUGAGCUGGAAGACCCAGGAGAAGACCGGGCCUCAGGUGCCCACAUGAUCAGCACAGCAAGGGUACCUGCGGAUAAGCCAGUACGCAUUGCCUUUAGCCUCAAUGACGCCUCAGAUGAUAUACCUCCUGAAGACUCCAUUCCUUUGGUCUUUCCAGAAUUAGACCAGCAGCUACAGCCUCUGCCACCUUGUCAUGACUCCGCAGAAUCCAUGCAGGUGUACAAACAGCACUGCCAAAUAGCAGAAGAAUACCAUGAGGUCAAAAAAGAGAUCGCCCUGCUUGAGGAAAGGAAAAAGGAGCUCAUUGCCAAGCUGGACCAGGCAGAAAAGGAGAAGGUGGGUGCUGCCCAGCUGGUUCGGGAAUUUGAGGCUCUGACAGAGGAGAAUCGGACCCUGAAGUUGGCCCAGUCGCAAUGUGUGGAACAACUGGAAAAACUCCGGAUUCAGUAUCAGAAGAGGCAGGGGUCAUCCUAACUUGAAAUUAUUAAAUGUGAGGAUAAGAGGUCAGUGACUGAUGUGUGCUGGCCAAAAGCUUUUUAUCUUACAGGGAUAGCAAAUAAAAUCUCUUGCUUCUCUUUAUUACCCACAUGGCAAACAUCUAGAAUGAGAGUUUAAUGCUUGCCAGCUUCUAGCUUGAGAGAAGGGAUACUUUAUUUUAAGUGAGAUCAUCAGUGCAAAGCUACUACCAAUAUAUAUUUUCAGAGAUCAGAAUGCUUUUUCAAAGAUAUAUAGAUAGAUAUAUUUUCUUAUUUAGGAAGAUAUGAUCAUUCUGUACGUCAGCAUAGGAAAUAAUCAAAAUAGAAUAUUGACUGACUCUGCUAAAAUCAUGAGCCAUGAAACAAACCAGUAAGAUGCUCACUGUAGUUCCAUGGUGGUGCAUUUUUAAAUUUCAUGCUUUUAAUACUUCAAGUCUGUUCAAAUAGAAAAACCAUGAGAAACUUCUGUGCAUAUGCUUGUGUUCACCAGUCAGAUGCAACCCUUCGGUGAUGGUUUCCUAAGAAUAAAUGGUUGCAUAGCCAUAAAGACUUUCUCAUGAAAAUGUGAACAUUUGCCCGUGCUGACUUGCUGUUGGAAUAAAGACAUAGAGAAGCCUUCAUUUUCUUCAUCUGUGUUCACUUUCUGCCAACAUCUCUGCCUUAGCUUGCAUGUGUCCAAGGCUUUGGGGAGAUGGAACAGUACUGUUUGUACCUUCCUUGGGUCAGUUACCAUGAAAAAACAGUGAGAUUAUAACUAUUACUUUUCUUUGGAUAUAAGGAGACAUUUUAGGUCAGUAAUAACUGAUAGGAAUAUAUGCCUAAGUUCAGAAUUAAAAUGUUUUUCCCUCGCUCUAGCUAUCACCAUAUUUUCUCACAUUGAUCUGUGUUUUAUGUCCAUUUCUACUUAUGUAACUUUUUUUUUUUC